CGAGCUAGCUGCUCAACCUGUAGCAGCUCUCCAGCCAGCAGCUACUAGCUAGCUCUUAUCGACCAAAAUAAAGAGUCGUUGCAUUAUAUUGAUCGAUCGAUUUAACAAUGCAGGGCCACACUAUUAAGCCAUCUUCCAAGCAGCUCAGCAGCAUGGUCGUCGUUGCUGCGGCUAUCAUGCUGGUAUUGCUCGCCGGAGUCGCCCACGGCGGCAGGAGGCGGCUCGUCUCCAGCAGCGAGGACGAGCCGUGCAAGAAGAUGACGGUCUACUACCACGAUAUCCUCUACACCGGCAACAACACCGCCAACGCGACGUCGGCGGCGGUGACGAAGCCGGCGGCGGCGCUGAGCACGUCGCACUGGGCGAACGGCACCUUCUUCGGCCUGCUCGUGGUGUUCGACGACCUGGUCACGGAGGAGCAGGCGCUGUCGUCGGAGCCGGUGGCGCGCGCGCAGGGCUUCUAUUUCUACGACAAGAAGGAGGAGUACAACGCGUGGCUGGCCUUCUCCCUCGUCUUCAACUCCACGGCGUACACGGGCACCCUCAACCUCAUGGGAGCCGACCUCAUGUACGAGAAGACGAGGGACAUCUCCGUCGUCGGCGGCACCGGCGACUUCUUCAUGUCGCGCGGCAUCGCCACGCUAAGCCUCAACGCCGCCGAGGGUACCGUCUACUUCCGCCUCAAGAUGGACAUCAAGCUAUACGAGUGCUACGUCUGAAACCAGCAUACUGCUGCUUCACAUGCAUACACAUCUCGCAACAAGAUGCACGUACGAACUUAUAUAAGCACGGGCGUUUUUAUGAUUGUAUGUACCAUAGUGUUGCAUGCCGCGACACAUGGGUAUUUGUAUCAACUUUAUU